ACUUGUAGCACUGGACAGGCUGCUUCAUUUAAGCAUGAGACUAAGGGCACUAAAGUAGUCCGUAAAUCUUAGUGACACUGCUUAUUCAAAACAUUGGUUGCGAAAUUAACUGAAGUUGGUAAUAAAAUUGUAUUAACCUAUAACAAGUUUUAUACUUUUAUGCGUUUGCACUGUCAAAAAGUAUUAUCAUUUUAUUAUGAUUCAUAACGCAGUGCAGUUGAUAUUAGGAUAAAUGGUAGCAUAAUUUGAUGCUUAUGAUUUUUAAUGAGAUUUUAUGAAACUGAUAACAUUGACAAAUAACAGUGCCUGUGCAUUUAGUUGUUGAAUUAAAACAUAUUGUGGUUAUAUUUGAAGUGGUAAUUGGUACAGAUUUGAUUAUAGUUAAGGAGACAUUGUGAACUUCAAAAGUUGGUGGUAUUCUGGAUUUCUGUACUGAACUGAUCGACAGAACCGGCAGGGUCGUUCCAGUGAAAAACAUGAUGUAAUACCAGACUGGGACAACAAAUUUUCUCUUAAAGUUUAAGGUCUGCAAGAAAAUCCAGUCAGUUUGCCACCAUGUCGGGUUUAGAGACAAUUUCCAACAUGACAAACAUUGGCGACUACAACAUGACUACUGAGUUUUUCAACUACAGUAUGUACAACGACAUAACGAAUGUCACUAACGCCACAAUAUCAAUCGAUACCAAUCCUGAACUACGAAAUCUCAUUUAUAACAUUCUCGGGCCAACAGUGUGCGCUUUUGGGAUGCUGACGAAUAUCAUAAACCUUGUGGUGUUGACAAACAAUGACCUCCCAGAAUCUCCCUACACAUAUCUUACAGGACUGGCUUGCGCUGACUUCGGAGCACUCAUUCUAUCGUUCAUUUUCAUGAUGUUCUCCAAGGAUAAUUACACCUAUUUAUGGAGAAUCUUUGACGCUUACAUUUUCAUUGGACUUGUCAACGUUUGCACGACAUCAAGCAUCUGGAUAACUGUGCAGCUAACAGUUGAACGAUUUUUGUUCAUUCGCCAUCCUAUGUGGGCAAAGGAUACAUGCGAUCGAGCCAGUGCAAAAGUUAAAAUCUUGCUAACCAUUGGCGCUGCAGCAAUUUUCAACAUCCCACGGUUUCUCUGCUUUGAGCCGACAUUUAAUAACAAAAAGGGCUGGAUUCUCGGGUCGACACAAUUUCGCACAAGCGAAUUCUUCUUCAUUAUGAACUGGUUAUACAGCGCCUGCAUCCAUUUCAUCCCGCUAAUAAUCCUCACCUGCGCUAACAUCUAUCUGGUUUACACUGUCCAUAAGGCGGGCCAACAGCGCCAGAAGCUCCAAAUAAGGAAUAACAGAGAGGCUGCAUGGCAGCGUGAACAACAUCGUCUCAACGUCACGCUUAUCAGCAUCGUUUUCCUGUUUAUUGUUUGCAUUAUCCCUUCUGCAUUUUCCGACAGGCCAGUGGCCUAUGCUCUUUUCAACGGAGGGAAAACUGAGCAAGAAUUCAUUGCUUCAUCAUUCUACUUCAGUCUCCAGUAUAUUGCAAACUUCUUGGUUUGGGCAGAACUUUCGCUCAACUUUGUACUCUACUGUGCGUUCAACAAAAAGUUCCGACGCGUUAUGAAAUUUACUGCCGUACGGUGUAUAAAAAAACUCCAUGUGCCCUUCUGUCGAAACAAAGGCGGACCUCUGAUCCAUACGGGGCAGUCGAGUACGAGGAACAGCAUGCUGAAUACCAACUCCCUCUCCAUUCACUCUAAAGGCUCGUUGAUACACCAUGAGUGCCAACCGAUGCAGAGACAAAUGUACCAAGACCACACAAAGGAUGAGAUGGCCAAUGGGAACACUCCUCUUAUGAAGUCUAGAGUCUAGCCAAUUAGAAAACCUCUGUCACAAAGGCCUUGGCAUAUUUUUAUGCCAAUUAUUAAGGUUCUGUUUGUAAAAGCUUUUUACAAUGAAAUCAUUCAGGGCUUCUCUUUCAACAAGGCCCAUUACUGUCAAAACCAAUGAGAGUAGCUUUUCAAACAAUCCUUCAUUUGCCAAGCCAAUCAAAGCAUCUCUUUUAUAAUGACAUUAUCAUGUUCAACCAUUAGCUGAAUGAGAAGGCCUUUUAUAAAAAAAAGUAUUCAGUUUCCCAACCAAUCAGAGCAGCUCUUUCAUUAAAACCUUUAUCUAUCCAACCAAUUAGAGUAGACCUUCAUAAAAACCACCUGUUUUCCAGCCAAUCAGAGCAGCUCUUUCAGUCAUGCAUUUAAUAGUCCAACCAUUGAGAGUAGCUCUUUCAUUAAACCCUUAUUUGUACAGCUUACCAAUUAUCUAAAUGAUAUGAAUAAUCUUUUAAUUACUAUUUUAAUGAUCUGCGAUAUAAUAUGUCGUUGUUUGAAUUUAUAUUGGACAUUACCAGUAUACCAAUGUAAAAUAACAUUGAAAUGUUCAAGAAUUGUUCAUGAAGUUCUUGAAAAACUAAUGAACUAAAUCAAAAAAUUAUUAACUUCAUGAAUCAUUUUUGCAAAGCUUAGGGCUUGAAAAAAAAGAUGUACAUUUUAUGAAAACAUGAGGGGCUAAACAAGGGUGAUCUUUGUAAGAGAUUCAUCCAUCACAUCAUUUUUUUCACAGGUUCAUAUGCAGGCCUUCAUUAAUUUUAAUGCCACUGUAUAUAGUCUAACAUUUAAAAUUUAAUCUGUUUCUAACUUGUAUGAGUUUACAAAUGGUUAUAUAUAUAUCCGUAUGUGCAAAUACCAAAAGUGUUUUAUGUUGUUUUGUUAAUGUACAGCUUGAAAAAAUCAUGGAAACAUUUGUUAUACUAAAGUUUCUAUAUUAUUUUUUAUUGAUAAUAUGAGGAUGGAUUUCUAAAUGCUGUUGUUAUAUGCAUUAUAAUCAUGAACCUGUUUUUGGACGUUUGUUGACUAUGGGUCAAUUGUUCAGAAUUUUAUUAAAGUUAAUACUGUUGUUAACGUCAUCAAUAUAAACAUUCAAAUCUUAACUUCUCUGGAAUUGAAAUGGACACAUUUGUAAUUUGCAGAACUUCUAAUAAGUUUGGAGACACCUGUUUCAGUGGUACAUGUUUUAUUUAAAUAUAUCAGCAUGUUACAAAAUAUGUUAACCUUCACCUUUUACAGUUAACAACGAUGCUGUUAACAGCGCUGUUAACUUUAACAAGUUUUCAACCAAAUUUCUUGACUUUGUGAUAUUUCAUUAUAUACUUGUUAAUAGGAUGACCUCUAUAUAUAAAUUUACUAAAAAAAUGGGUAAGUUUCAUAUUAAGAUUUUUGAAGUUUAAGCAUUAUUAUUGGCACACUUAGUCUGCAAUGAUAAUACACUGAAGCUUUCCCAAUACCUCAACAUUUAUUUUCUUUGAAAUAUCUUCUGUGAUAAAAGGUAACUAUAUAAAUGGAAUGUAAUUGUUAAAGAUUGUAAGCAUUUUCUUACAAGAGUAAAUGGUUUGGUACGACACAGUUGCAUAACCAAUUAUGGUUUUUAAGUGUAUACUAACAAUCAGGUUUUUUAGUGGUCUACAUUAUAUUUUAUAAACUACCCACUUACUGGGCACGCCACUGUUUAUAUCUACAGCUUCAACUGAUUAAAAUCAAUAACGGCUGACUGCUGAUUUACUGAAAUAAAUGUAUUGAAAAUACUGCUUUCUCAUUGAUAUAAUGUUGACCACUAAGUCUUGUUAAAGUCUGCAUGUGAUUCUUAAACCAUAUUUAGUGGCAAAAUGAAUAUUUAUUGUUAAGUUUUGUUUGUUGGAUAUGUAUGUUAUUUUUUCCUUAUAGUGCCAUAUUGUUCAUUAAAUAUUUCAUAUUGUAUAGAAUGAUGUUUCUGAAUGUUAUAUGAUAAUUUUAUUUUUAUUCAACCAUAUGUAUUGUAUAUUAUGACACUCAUAACUAGAAAGGUUGCAAACACUUGUUAGUACAUGUACAUGCAUUUGAGAUUUACUUUUAAGUGCUACCUCCUUCAGGUAGUUAUAAAUGUACCUGUUUUUAAUUGUGAUCUGCCUUUUGUAUGUGAUGUCCACCACAUAUUUGUAUUCGUAUUUUUAAGCGUAUGUGUGCAAUCUACUUUUUUGGUGAUAAAUCCCAGGUAUUUUUGACAUGUACUCAAACAAGUACAGGAGGUAACAUAUACACAUACAAGUACAGGUAGAUACAUAUACACGUACAAGUACAGGUAGAUACAUAUACACAUGCAAGUACAGGUAGAUACAUAUACAUGUACAAGUACAGGUAGAUACAUAUACAUGUACAAGUAGAUACAUAUACAUGUACAAGUACAGGUAGAUACAUAUACACAUACAAGUACAGGUAGAUACAUAUACACAUGCAAGUACAGGUAGAUACAUAUACACGUACAAGUACAGGUAGAUACAUAUACACAUACAAGUACAGGUAGAUACAUAUACACGUACAAGUACAGGCAGAUACAUAUACACGUACAAGUACAGGUAGAUACAUAUACAUGUACACGUACAAGUACAGGUAGAUACAUAUACAUGUACAAGUACAAGUACAGGUAGAUACAUAUACACGUACAGGUACAGGUAGAUACAUAUACACAUGCAAGUACAGGUAGAUACAUAUACACGUACAAGUACAAGUACAGGUAGAUACAUAUACACGUACAAGUACAAGUACAGGUAGAUACAUAUACAUGUACAGGUACAGGUAGAUACAUAUACACAUGCAAGUACAGGUAGAUACAUAUACACGUACAAGUACAGGUAGAUACAUAUACACGUACAAGUACAGGUAGAUACAUAUACACAUGGAAGUACAGGUAGAUACAUAUACACAUACAAGUAUAGGUAGAUACAUAUACACGUACAAGUACAAGUACAGGUAGAUACAUAUACACGUACAAGUACAGGUAGAUACAUAUACACAUACAAGUACAGGUAGAUACAUAUACACGUACAAGUACAGGUAGAUACAUAUACACGUACAAGUACAGGCAGAUACAUAUACACGUACAAGUACAGGUAGAUACAUAUACACAUACAAGUACAGGUAGAUACAUAUACACAUGCAAGUACAGGUAGAUACAUAUACACGUACAAGUACAGGCAGAUACAUAUACAUGUACAAGUACAGGUAGAUACAUAUACAUGUACAAGUACAGGUAGAUACAUAUACACAUACAAGUACAGGUAGAUACAUAUACACAUGCAAGUACAGGUAGAUACAUAUACACAUGCAAGUACACGCAGAUACAUAUACAUGUACAGGAAGUGCUUAGCAACCACUCUAAAAUCAGGAAUACCACAUGUGCAUGGUACUUUGAACAAAAGGGUUCUAUUUAUUAUUCUUGCAGAUUAUGGGCACGAAUUGUGCCAUUCAAAUUUUAUAAUAAAUCCAUUUUUAACACAGAUUUUGUUUAUUUUUAUUACAGAACUCAAGACAUUCAUUUUUUUUCAAAUACAAAAGGCAAUGAGCUGUUGCAAGUCUUAAAAUGUUCAGAGUACCAUGAGCUCAACUUAUAUAAUAAAUGUUGUAACAUGUUCAUAAGUGUAUUUUCAUUUCUUUUGUCGCUGCAUAAAACUUCCAUAUCUGGACAGUAACAAGUAGCCAGAGCUGCUCUGCUCAGUAUUAUUAGCAUACAGAUAAAUUACAAUGCUAUAAUUCACUUAUUUGCCUGCUAGUUAUUGAACGUUGUCAUUGGCAACAUGGGACAUAACAGUUACUUCACCCACACCCUCGUGAUUGAAAUUAUACACUCGAGCAAAGCCAUGUGUAUCAUUGCAAUAACUUGUUUGUGGGCGCAGUUACAAUUACAUAAAAUUCUUCUGCUCAGAAGUGUACAUAAUGCCAUGAAUUUUAUUGUCUGUAUAAGGCAUUUUUUGUUUUUUUUUAUUCCUUCUGGAAAACACAUUUUCAGGGUUUUAAUUUUAUACUGUUAUUCUUUUUUAAAUUUAGCAUAAUGGUAAUAUUGCUUACAUUAUAUAACACUCAUGAACGUUUUGAAAAUUCUAUAAAAUAUUGUGCAAUUUCUUUCAGUUUUCAUUCCAAAAACAUUGAUUGCUUAAAUUAAUUAUAAUAAGGGCAUUUUUUGAAGAAUCUAAAAAAGACUCAAAAGACAGCGGAGCCAAUUGUAGAGGUAGAAGGGUGCUAAAAUUUCAUUCACAGCAAGGCAUACUUCAUACAUACCAUAUUUCUGAGAGGCUUCCCAGGGGAUUUUGGUCAGAAUUCCAGGGGAUUUUGAUAUUACACCAGGGGAUUUUUACGUGACAAAAAUUUGCGCAAUAUCUGCAUUUAUAAUAUAAGAAUAAAUACAGAAAUACAUUCAAAUUACAAUAAUUUUUGGACUGAGUCAUCAUGGUCCUUCAUGGAAUUUCACACUCAUAAUAUUAUUGAUGCUUUCCACUGUCAACCUUAAGCAAGUUUUGAAAAAAAAUAAAAAUAAAAAAAUUGUAGAAAUUCUGGGGGAUUUUUCCCCCCGCCGGGGGAUAUGGCAUGUAUGAUACUCGGAAAAAAGUUCAUUUUACCUCAUUUUUAUUAAAUAGCACAAAAACCAGCUCAGUAACAAGUGGUAUUAUUCUGGCACAAACAACUAAAUGCUGUUUCAGGCAAAUAAAAUAGACGCAAGCCGACUAUUAAGACUAAUUAACUUACGCUUCUUCAAGAGCAUUUUCUAAGUAAAUGUAUCUACGAAAAUACAUAAAUCAUAGGCGAAGGAAAAAAAGCUCCCGAAAAAUAUUUUAUGGUCCACUAAACUGUCAUUGAAUUUGCAAAAUUGCAAACAGUUGCGUAAAAAGAAUGAUACAACUAUUACCCUUGAACGAUUAUUGUCAAUAAACUGCCACAGAACAAUAAUAAAUUAGCUACCAAUUCUCAAGUGCCUUCCUAUAAUGGAAUUAUCUCUUUAUAACGGAAUUAUCUGCAUUUGCUGAAUAGCAGAUGAGCUUUUUUUCCAUCUACAUCAGCACAGUAAAUAAAUAAUUUCAGUUAAAUAUCAAAUGUAUUCAUUUUAAAACUAAAUCAAUGCUUGACAUGGUAUUACUUUAAUGUUAAUGUUUAAAAAUGUUAUUAUAUAUUUGUUGUCUGUAAAAUGCUAUUUUUUCUUAAUUCUACAUUAUAAAAUCAUAUGGACUUGUGACACUUUAUCACACAUAAAUCAUCAAUGUUUUAUCAUGUUUAAAUAAUUGAUUUCAUUCAUGCCUUUAAAUUCUAAUUGUCUGUACUGUAUGUGAAAACCUUUGUAAAAUGCUUUACAUGGUCCUUAUUGUGGAAUAAAAGUAUUGUUUGAA